UUUCUGGACACACAGAGACAGGAUGGAUUUCCUCCGGCUGCAUCUCCCGGGGCUGCACCAGGCCUUGAGGGGGACACUGGAAUCCUUCAGCACCUUUGUCUCCUACCUUUUGGGAGAUGAGGUCCCCACUGUAGAGAGGAGGGAGGCAUGGGCAGCUGAGGAACUGGGGGAGGUGGCUACAGGAAGGCUAGGAAGAAGUGUAGAGGAGGAAGCCCAGGAGGCCCUGGAGGGUGUGGGAGGCAGCCAAAGCAAGGGGGAUGGAGGGCCGAGAGGGCCUGGAGAGGCUAGAAGACACCAGGAGGGAAGCUCAGCUUCAGAACAGACCUGGAGUUGGGGAGAAGGCAGCUCCCAUGGGUCUCAAGGAGAUAGGCAGGACACUGGGGCGUGGGAGGCAGCCAAGGCGUCCAGGUGCCAGGAGCCAAGUGCCCUCUUGGAGGCCAGAAAGAAAUCUGACUCAGGGUCUGAGGCUGGCCAAGACGGGAGCAGCCCAGCCCAGGAGAGUCAGGAGUGCAAUGAGCAGGAAGUGAACAGAGAAGAGACACCGAGAACCUGGGAACAGGAGGAGGAGGAGGAAGAGGUCAGGGCAAGAGAGCCAGGGGGGGUCAGAGGGGUGGAGUCAGAGUGGACCGGGCGUAGGGAGCCUGAGGGAAAGGCUGGUGCCCAUGGGAAAAGGGCAGCAGGGGAUGGCAGGGAGUCAGAACAGGCAGUCAAGGAGGCAGUUGCAGAGGAGAUCCAGGGAGCUGGAGCCAAAGAGGCCGGGAGGGAAGAAGAGGUGGUGGCCGUGGAGAGGGAUGGCCAAAGCACAGAGGCACAGGGGACUCAGGACCCAGGGGCAGCGUCUGAGGAUGAGGCAACCUUGGACAGAGAGGAGGUCAGGACAACCUCAGGAAGGGAGGAGGCCUGGACAAUCUCAGGUGGGGAGGCUGGAACAGCCUCAGGUGAGGAGGAGGCUGGGAUAGCCUCAGGCACGGAGGCGGCUGACUUCCCAGGAGUCAGGGAGACAGAAAAUGGGGCAGCCCCAGGAGAUAGGAGCCUAGAAUGUACAGGGAGAGUCUGGGCCUUAGAAGAGGCCUCCAGGGGAGCCCAGGAGGAGGAGGUGGGUGAAAAUAGAGAGGCUGAGGUGAGCCUGUCCCUGAAACAGACUCAGGCCCUGGGAGCUGAAGGAAUGGGAGAAAUGGCUGAGGUCCAGACAGCAGGGAAGGAGACCGCGGAAGGCCAGGGGUCAGAGUGGGGGGCAGGGGAGGGCUCGGAGGGUCAGGCAGAUCAGGAUGGGAAAGAGGCCAAGGGAAGGCAAGACUCAGAGAUCAAGGCUGCUCAAGCCAGUCCGGAGGAAGUGGUGCAGGCACAGGAGGCCAAGGAGGAGAACGAGAGCUGCUGGGCCACAGAGGCUGAGCUCUCCCAGGACAAAGGGGCAAACAAGGCUGAAGGUGAUGCUGACUUGGAGGCGACCCCAAAGGCCACACCUGAAAAGGAGUUGAGGGAGAAGAGGAGUGAGGAGGGAGCUCAGGGGGGUCGAGAAGAAUUUGGGGUAGAGGGUGGUGGCCCAGAGCACAAGGUCACUGAAGUUUGGGAUGGUGAGCAGAUAGGCGGCCUCCAGACCCCAGUGGGACAACCCGGGGAAGGCCAGCAGGUGAAGGAAGAGCUCUGGAGCACUCCAGGCCAGAGCAAAGAGGAGGCAGAAAGGAGCCUGGAGGCCAGUCCCAGGCACACGGGCUAUAGGAGGCCUGGUGCAGAAGCCUGGGAAAGCCGGAGAAAGAGGGAUGUGCAGGGAGGGAAUACGCAGGAGGAAGUAGGUAUGGAAGAGGAGGGGGAGGCUGCGGGAAACCAAGAAUCUGCACUGCCAUGGGUCCUGGAGGCAGGCGGAGAGUGGAAGGAAGCAGAGGAAGCAGGGAGUGGAGCAGACAGCCCGGAGCUGGGUGGAAGGCACGGGGCAGAGUUAGGGGAAGGCUGGUCCCUGGGUGAGUCAGAUGAUAGAGAAACCAAGGAUGAGGAGGUGGGGGCUGCAGUGCCCUGGGAGGCAGAGGGAAUGCCCAGGGGAGGCCGGAGGCUGGAGGAGGCAGCGCCGAGCUCCCGGGACAGUGAGGACACACGGGCCGGUUCCUCGGCUGCUGGGACUGUGGCGCAUAAGGCAGCUGCGGAUGGAAGGGCUGCUGGGACCGGGGAAGGGCCUGAAGGAGGGACGGGGGAAGCGUGGGAUGGGGCAUUUGGAAGAGGCUGGGACUCAGAAGGAAGCGAGGAAGCUGGCAGAGGUGCAGAGGUGAUCGAGGCUGCAGAGGGAGAGAGCAGAGGCGGGCAGGAACUUGGCCUGGAGGGCUCCGCAGAGGAGGAGGUUACUGGCAGAGGUGGCCAAGUGGAGGCUUUUGAGGCUGGGGAAGGUGAGCCAGGGGGGGAGUGGGCGGAGGCUGGGGAAUCGGUAGCGGCAGAAGGAAGCUGUGGGAUGGGUGGCUUUACCUCGGGCUCCCAGGCGGUGAGGGCAGAGGGGACCAUGGUUAUAGUGGAGGCCAAGGGGUUCCCAGAAGGGCAGAUGCUGUCAGAAAAAGAGGCUGGGGCAUGGGAGGCGAGGCAGCAGAGGCGAGGCAGCGAGGGGCAGCGUGGGGACCACGGCCGUGAGGGAGAGGCACACAUGCCCUGUGACAUGGAGGGCGUGGAGGGGAGCGGACACCAGAGGGCAGAGGCCAAGGAGCUUGAUGCAGAAGACCUGCAGGACGCCCAGGGCCAGGAGGACCAGCCAGCAAACCAGGACCCUGGGCCACGUGAAGAGGCUGCCCAGGGGGAUGUGCACGGCAGCUGGAGUGAGGCCCUCCUCCCUGUGUCUCGCCUGGACGUCUCUGUCCCGCGGAGCCGUGUGCUCCUCUCCCGCAGCUCCUCGCAGCGUCGCUCCAGGCCCUCUUUCCGGCGCAUCCCCACCCCUGAGCAGCAGCAGGAGCCUGCCAGCCCCCCACCAGAGGAAGAGCUGUCAGCCCCUGAGCAGAGACUUCUCCACCCAGCGGAACCCCCAGAGCCAAGCCUCCCUAGGCCUGAAGGGACCCCGGUGCCAGCUAGGAGAAGGCCCCUGGGACAAGGGUUUGGCUUUGCACACCCCGGCAUGAUGCAGGAGCUGCAGGCCAGACUGGGCCGGCCAAAGCCCCAGUGAUGGCACCGUGACUCGGGAGCCAGGCCCUGAGCGAGAGGCGGAGGGCUCGGCUGAACCCUGCUCAGCCUGCCUCCCUCGGCCACUUGGAUGCACCCUGUCCACCGUCUGGGCCUCAGUUUCUUGCUGUUUCGUCCACGGAGCAGACAGAACCAGACAUCUUGGAGAAGCACGAACUUAAGGAAUCUGACUCGCCAAUGCAGCUGGUGGACUGCCUGCCCCCCGGGGACCACCGCUCACAGCCUGUCCUGACUACCUCCCCAGCCGGUCUUGGCAGCUGUCUGGAGGCCUGAGAGGGGACAGAGACAGUCUCCCACAGCCUUCCCUCUCCGAUUACCCCCACUCCCCAAGCCGCUCCCCAAGGCCGUGGAGAGCUGUGGGAGGCAGGCAAACCUCUGGGCUGGAGGGCAGCGGGGAGGAAAGGGGCUGGGAGGGCCUAUGGAGCUGCAUUUACAAUCAAACGUUUGAUGUAAGCGGACCAGCCACCUUAAGGUUCCAAAAUGGGAGCUCAGCCUCAGAACUCUGCUGGUUACUGUGGCAACCACCAACUGAGCAAGCCAGAGUGGAGAAAGGUGGGCCAGGAACCCCAACAUGUAGGAGCAGAGAGGGAUCCAGGGUGGCCAGGGGCUGCCGAGUCCAUUCUGUGCCCCCUUUGGGUACCAGACACCCCUUCUCUGAAAAGAAGCCGAGGCAGAGAGAGGGUGAGAGUGCUUUAUUAGGCACCCAGAAUGGCGGCCUAGCCGAGGACAGCCAGCGGGUCCUGAAACAAUAAAUAAACCAUCAUUUCCCUGAGCAAUAAAUAAAUAUCCAUGAAAUAAAUACCCAGCAAGGACUGGAGGGGCCUUAAGUUAUUGGGUAGGGUCUGGGGAGGGAGGGCAGUGGAGUCCUGCCUUGUCUAAGGCAGGGAGCUGGUGGCUGUCCUGUUGGCCCAGACGCGUCGUAAAGUCCUAACCGGUGAGGGAAGGGGCUGAGACAUCACUCCAUCAGGGCUGGGAGCCGGCCAGUGUUGGGCACCCCAAGGCCUGGCCUGGGUUCUUAGCCUGGGAGAGCAGCAGUAAGUCCCGCACGGCCCGCGACAAGACCAGCUCCAAGGAGUGCAGCAACCGGUAGGCGUA